AUGGCCGCCCCGCCAGAGGAGGAGAAGGAAACCCAUGAAGAGAGAGUGGCGUCGUGGCAGCGGAGUCCCGGGACACAGACGCAAAAGGACCUUGAAGCAGCGGCGGAGCUGUUGGAGAGGUGGAGGGCGGCGGAGCCGAGCCCCUCGGCUCCGCCAACGCCCUUGAAGCCAUUAACUACACAGGACAUCGACCAACAUGAAGACUCUUUUGAUUGCCCGGGACAACGUGCACCUGUCCAGGACAAGAAGGCUCAGCUAGGCUCCGCCGCCCUCCACCUGCUGGAGCCCUUCAGCUCACAGGAUGAGUGUUUGCAGGAGCCUCACACCCCUCCACGGAAGAAGCAGCGAGGUCUACGACCAGAACUACAUGUAAGCACCCCACCGCAGCUGAAGCAGUUGACAGUAUCAGCGCAGAAACGCUGGCACAGAGAUCGACUGCAGAGGCUAGAAGACCCGAUCGUCUCCGCCUCCUCAUCGAUAUCACCCUCGAAAGCUCCGUCAGAAGACCCGACCGUCCCCGCCUCCUCGUCGUUGUCUUUGUUUUUGCCCCCGAGAAGCAUGCAUACAUGGGCAGACAGGAGGCCCGUGGGCCAGGUCUGCACCUUACAGACCUUUCCGCCAGAGAUCCGUGAGCACUAUGAAUGGAUCUUCACUAUGCCCAGGUCUUCGCGAGCCUUCAAAGAGCAGGCGACAAAGCUCCGUCAGAUGGACCCCGCCAAAGAGACCGCGCUCCGGCAGUUCCUUGCCACAGGCCCAACGGACGAGCAGCUGCUAGAGAAGUUCAACGACCUUCUUCAGACCGUGGAAAUGGACAUGCGCCUAGCCGUCCAGGCACAGAAUCCGAAGUACUUCCAGCUCGACAAGAAGAAGCUGGCCCGAUUCAGGUAUCUGCACAGCCUCGUAUAUGGGUUCCUGGACGACGCUGAUGUCUUGGUCUACAAAAUCAAGCUGAUCCUAGCAUGGGCAAAGGAGCAGAAUGCUGAGAACGUCUCCGUCCGCACGGACUGGCUGUACAAUGUGCUCGAUACAGCUAGCCGUUACCAGAGCCUGCACCAUGAAACUGGAGCGAAGCUCACCGUUCGAGAACUAGUGGAGGCAAGAUGGGUGGCGGACAUGGGCGUUGUGAAGAUGUGCGAAGAAACCUUCCACAGCAUAGAUGAGUUGAAGCCAUGGAAGCUCGCUGGCUAUUUCACAUCUAGUGGAGAAUCGUCACACGAGGUCUACGAUGACAAGUCGCAGGUCCUGUCCCAGUUCCUUGCACAUGUGCAGCGAGAGUGGCGGCCACAUAAGCAACAAGACAACUAUGUCACCAGGUCGUUUUUCGAGUCAGGGCCACUCUCUCUGAGGCAACUACGAGACAACUUGCGCCGGCACCGGCCAGGCGCGAUUGUGGCAGAAAAGACGACCGCUGAUAUGAACUCCAGUUGGGAAAGGGACACGUGGCGCCUUAUCGCCCAGAUGAGCGAUAAGGACGACGUGUGGUUGAUUUGGUCCGACUCCUUCGGAAACACGUGCUACGUCCGACAGGCAUCCGUGUUGCCCACAAGAGGACAGUUGCCAACUUGGGUCUUCGGCAAAGGAUGGCAUCUAGCCAAGAACUUCCCGGUCAUCUUCUUCAAGCUUUCGCAGCUCCCAGAGGCGACUCGGCAGGUGCUGCUCGACAAAAGUAAGCUGCGUGCAAGGGCUAAGAGCGAGGCCGCACCGAAGGCGGCCGGCAAGGCUACAAGCAAGGCCGCGCCGAAGGCCGGCAAGGCUAAAAGCAAGGCCACGGCGGUGCGCUGA